CCCCCCCCGUACAAACGCGCGCACCUCGAGAUAUUCGCAUCACCGCCCCCCAAUCUUUACGCACACAUUCACGGAAUCCUGGGAUAUAUACUUUUACGAGGCGCUUUGACCACCUGUGCUGGACUGAAUUGGACUGGACUGGACGUGUUUGGCGUGCGCGACUCACCGGCUCGAUAUCACUCAUACACGCUUGCUCUCUUGCACACGCCUGCCUACUUGCUCGCUCACAUACUUGGCCACCUGCUCGCUCACACGCCUGCUCGCCUGCUCGCUAUCGCUCGCGGCGCGCCCCAUGCACGCGCGCUGACCAGAUCCACGCAAAAUCGAACACCUCGCAUCACCGAAACCGAAUCCAUGACCACCAUCUUCGCGCGCUCCCCGCUCGAAUCGCUUCCCAUGGCCGCCAACAGGCCGACGACGCGACGGAGAAGCGUGAGGCAGGCUUUUGACGAGGAGGAUGUAGUCGUGUCGAAGCGGGCAAAGGUGGAAGGGCCCGGGACGGCUAAGAGGGGUGCUGCCGCGAAGGCCUCGGCCGUGGCAAAGAAGGCGGCGAAGACGGCUGCGUAUGACGAGAAUGACGACGGCUUUCAGUUCUCGCGCCGCACAUCCAAGCGCACAACCAAGACGCAGAUAUCGCUCACAGCCCCGGAACCUAUACCUGAGGAACCACGCGCCCCGGCUGCACUUCCACUGCCCGCCAAGCCCUCCGCGCGCCGAAAGAAGGACACGCUGGCUGUUGUGGAGCCAGACUCCGCUGACUCGCAGAAGCGCCGCCGCUCAGCCCGUAUUUCCGGCGACAGAGAACAGCUGGAAGUCCGCCCGAAAGUCACACAGCCCCUCGCGCCAAAGCGCACCAAGAAAAGCGCACCCGUGGAGAAAGCGAGAGAGAAGAAGCAGAUUACUCCAGCGCCAGAGGAGAAGAGCGCGUUUUCGGGCGUGCAGACGCCCCAGCAUGGAACGCAAGUUGCGACGAAACGCGACCCCAACGCGCAGAGGAUCAUGCUGCCUUUUGCCGACACGCCUGUGAUUACGAGGAACAAGGAGAUGCGCAAGGGCGGCAAAGAUGGACAUCGACGGAGUAGCACGGGUUUGCGGGGCAGGAGAGCGAGUUCGCUGAUUGAUAGCGGCACGUCGAAUGCUCUGCCACACUCGGAGAUCGAGGUCCGCGACUUUUACAAAUACAUUGAGCAGAGCCUGCCUGAGCCCCGGCGGAUGAAGCAGCUUCUCACGUGGUGCGGGACACGCGCAUUGCCGGAGAAACCGUCGGGAGAUGUCAAGAACGCGAAUGCUAUUAUGGCUGCGCGAGCAAUCCAGCAAGAGCUCAUCGACGACUUUGCAAGCAAAACAGAGCUGUCGGAUUGGUUUAGCAGGGAAGAUGUUGCGCCCCCACCGGCCGUUACGAAGCCGAACCCGCAAAACGAGAAGAACAUGGCGACACUGCAGGAGCUAGAAGAAGAAAUCAAACGCCUCGAACAAGAACACACAGCCUGGCAAACCCUCGCCUCCCCACAAGACCACUCCCAACCCUCACACCCCACAACAACCCAAACAAUAUCCCCCUCCCUCCUCGACCCCUCCCAGCAAUCCAUCCUCGCCGCCCUAUCCCCCCAACCACAUCCACAAUCACAGUCCCACCCCCCUCCCCCCUCAACAACAUUCACUUACUCCCACCCCUCCGCCCUCUCAGCCCACCUCGCCUCCCUCACAGCCUCCCUCGAACCCGCAAUCGACCUCUUCGCUCACGGCGUCCAUGCUAUCGACCAGUACCGCCUCACGGCUGAGCGCGUCGCGGAUCGUGUGCUGGGGACUGCGACGAGGAGGUUGGAGGAGAGGGAGAGGGGGGCGCGGGAGAGGGUGGGCGCGCAGGGGAUUGGGGUGGGGGAUGUGUUGAGGGGGUUGGCGGGGGUUUUGGGGGGGGAGGUGUAG